AUGUCUACAGAAAGUAUAAAGAAAUUAGUACAAUACGAAAAUGAAGCAAAAGAAAUGUUAGAGGAUGCUUACAGGAAAUACGAAAGCAUAAUAAAACAAGCCAAAGAAGAUGCACAGGAUUUAAUAGAUAUAGAGAUAAAAAAAAAUACUAAACUACUCGAAGAGCUAAAAAAUAAAGUGGAUGAAUACAUAAAAUUAGUAGAAAAACAUAAGAAGGAAGAAUACGAUGAAAAAAUAAAGAAAUUAGAAGUAAAAGAGAAAGAUAAAAUUAUGAAAGAACUUUUAAAAAAAGUGUGUAAGAAAUAA